UUAUAUCCUAUAUUUUAUCGUAAUCAUACCUAACUUAUACUUAGGCUUCUUAGAAAGUGAUAAAUAAUCACUCAGCAAUCAGCCUAGAAGAACUCUUUAAAUCUACACCACAAGACAAAUGUCAGCAAGACCUAUUUAAGAAGAGGGAAAAAAGAAAAGGAAAAGGAAGCAAACAUGUCUGGAACCAUAGAAAACCAAGUUGGUGAAGAGGAUGAGGCAUGCAUCCAAGCCAUGCUAAUCUCCACCACGCCAAUAUUUUGUUGGGUCCUAAAAGCAGCCACUGAUCUUGACUUGUUUGGGAUCAUUGCCAGAGCAGGCCCCACUGCUUGUAUGACAUCCAUAGAAAUUGCUUUGCAGCUUCCAACACAGGACUCAGAAGCGCCUUCUCGGUUGGAUCGUAUGCUGCGCCUUCUUGCUAGUCACUCCGUUUUGACAUGCUCUAUCCACACACUUGAAGAUGGUAGGGUUGAGAGACUCUAUGGACUCACACCAGCCUCUCAGUUCCUUUUUGAAAAAGAGGAUAGAGGGUCUGUGGCUUGUCUUUCAGCUUUCUAUUCACACCGAGCCGUUUACGAGGUUAGCAUGCAUAUGAAGGAUGCAAUCCUUGAAGGUGGGAAUCUAUUUAAGAAAGUCCAUGGAAUGCCCAUGUUUCAGUAUAUGGACGGGGAUCCAACUUUCAAGGAGAUGUUCUUCAAGAUAAUGGAUGAUCAUUCCACAAUGAUUAUGAAGAAAAUUCUUGAGGUAUACCAAGGAUUCAAGGGGCUAAAGUCAUUGGUUGAUGUUGGUGGUGGAAUUGGGAAAUGCAUGAAUAUGAUCAUUUCCAAGAACCCUACCACUAAAGGCAUUAACUUUGAUUUGCCACAUGUGAUACAAAAGGCACCAUCUUAUCCCGGUAUUGAGCAUGUCGGAGGAGAUAUGUUUCACAAUGUACCUAAAGGAGAUGCAAUUAUGAUUAAGUAUAUACUUCAUGAUUGGAGUGAUGAGGAUUGCAUGAAACUUUUGAGAAAUUGCUAUGAAGCGCUACCAAAUAAUGGGAAGGUAGUUAUUAUCGAGCUACUCAUGCAAGAAGCACCAGAUUCAAGUACGAGUUCUCAAUAUGUCUCUCGCCUUGACAAUGGCAUGUUGUUAUACCUUGAAGGGAAGGAGAGAACUGAGAAAGAAUUUGAGGCUCUGUGCAAGGGAUCUGGAUUUUCAAAGUUUAAGGAUAAUGAAAUUAAAUAAGUGGAUUUGUGCAAAGAAGAAAGAUAAUGGACUUUAAUUUUACAAGGGCCAUGAUGAAGUCAAGGAAGGCCAACCCAAUUAAAUUCAAGUCCAAUUGGGGCAAGGAAUCAAAGGAAAUUUACACCUAAUCCAAGUCCAAUUCGGAUUAGGAUUCCAGCUUGUACACCAGUUAGUAUUUGGAGCGUAACUUUUGGUGCAGAUGUCCAAUAGAGACGAUUCAAGUUGGGCUGGAAAGAUAACUUAAAGGGCUACAACUUUGUAAUUUACGAAAAGUCCUAAUUAUGAAGUUAAAUGGGCCAAAAACGUCAGUUAAGUGAAGCCUAAAAACCUGGGAUUUCCUCCAAACGGGAAUUCAACUUGUAAUAGGAUUUCUUGAUCUAUUUAAAGGCUCUUUAAGGCAAAAUUCAGGGGGAGUUGCUGUAGAACAUAAUUUAGGUUUUCUUAAAGUUUCUUUACAGUUUUUAGAGUUUUAUUAGUGUUAUGGCUUGCUAGAAGCCUUGUUAAGGCAAGGGGUGAAACCCAACCGUUUAUUGGUAUGUUUUUAACAAUUAUUUAUUGGUUUUAAAUGCUUAGUAUUCCCUGCGAACUAAUUCACUAGUUUUGUU